GACUAGACCGAGUGAGCUGUCAAGCUAGGCAGUCCAGUUGGUUUGAGGCUAAGGGAGAAUAAAAGCACAGCAGGCCUUGGGUGCAGUUGCCCUGUUCACGUACUUGCUCUAACUUGCAGCCCCUAGUUUUCCUCAAGGAAAAUGGUUUAUUAACCAGGCUUGGCGAUGCUUCGGCAUUGCCUGAUCCCUGGCUUCGCGUCAGCCAGCUACCGACGAAAGAUGUCUAAACCGGCAGAGACGGCUCCCUCGGGCCAGGGCUUGGUGCUGCCUGAUCCGAAGGCAGGCAAGGAGCCCUUGCCCCACCAGAAUGUGCUCAAGAUCUUCAACAUCAACAUCAUCACCCAGGGAUUGCCAUUCUGCCGCAGACGGAUGAAGAGAAAGAUGGACCAUGGCCCAGAGGUCCGGUCUUUCCCUUUAGGAAAGAAGCACUGCAAAGGCUCAGAGUACACAAGCAGUACAGGGCUGGUUCCGUAUUCAGCCACACCCACCACCUUCGGUGACAUUAGGGCAGCAAAUGGGCAAGGGCAACAUCGGCGCCGGAUCACAUCAGUCCCGCCUCCUACUGGACUUCAAGAAUGGCUCAGGACAUUUCAGAGCUGGAGUGGACCAGAGAAGCUGCUUGCAUUAGACGAGCUCAUAGACAGCUGCGAGCCGACACAAGUGAAACACAUGAUGCAAGUGAUCGAGCCGCAGUUCCAACGAGACUUCAUCUCCCUUUUACCGAAAGAGCUGGCGCUCUAUGUGCUCUCAUUCCUGGAACCCAAGGACCUGCUGCAAGCGGCACAGACCUGCCGCUACUGGCGCAUCCUCGCCGAGGACAACCUGCUGUGGAGGGAGAAGUGCAGGAAGACGACUUUGUUUUUAGGUAUAGACGAGCCCCUGCACAUCAAGAAGAGGAAAUUGAACAACCCGGCUUCACACACAGUCCGUGGAAAAAGUGCUUACAUCAGGCAGCACAGAAUAGACACAAACUGGCGAAGAGGUGAAUUAAGUCACCCAAGGUGCCUUAAAGGUCAUGACGAUCAUGUGAUCACAUGCCUUCAGUUCUGUGGUAACCUAAUAGUCAGUGGUUCAGACGACAAAACGCUUAAAGUCUGUCAGCAGGUCACAGGAAAGUGUUUAAGAACGUUAGUCGGACAUACGGGUGGUGUCUGGUCAUCCCAAAUGAGGGACAAUAUUAUCAUCAGUGGCUCAACAGACCGGACGCUGAAAGUAUGGAACGCAGAGACCGGGGAAUGUAUCCACACACUAUACGGGCAUACCUCUACUGUCCGCUGCAUGCAUCUUCACGAAAAAAGGGUGGUGAGUGGGUCCCGGGACGCCACGCUCAGAGUCUGGGACAUCGAGACAGGCCAGUGUUUACACGUCCUGAUGGGCCACGUGGCAGCAGUGCGGUGCGUUCAGUAUGAUGGCAGGAGAGUGGUGAGCGGAGCCUACGACUUCAUGGUGAAAGUGUGGGAUCCUGAGACCGAAACCUGCCUGCACACACUUCAGGGACACACCAACAGGGUCUACUCAUUACAGUUUGAUGGCAUCCAUGUAGUAAGUGGUUCUCUAGACACCUCAAUCCGUGUUUGGGAUGUGGAGACGGGGAACUGCAUUCACACCUUAACGGGACAUCAGUCGUUAACGAGCGGGAUGGAGCUCAAAGACAACAUUCUGGUCUCUGGCAACGCUGACUCCACCGUCAAAAUCUGGGACAUCAAAACAGGACAGUGUUUACAGACCCUGCAAGGCCCCCAUAAACACCAGAGCGCCGUGACUUGCCUACAGUUCAACAAGAACUUUGUAAUAACCAGCUCGGAUGACGGGACUGUGAAACUGUGGGACCUGAAAACGGGCGAGUUCAUCCGCAACCUGGUGACGCUGGAGAGUGGGGGCAGUGGCGGGGUGGUGUGGCGGAUCCGGGCGUCCAACACCAAGCUGGUGUGCGCGGUGGGCAGUCGCAAUGGCACCGAGGAGACGAAGCUGCUUGUGCUGGACUUCGAUGUGGAUAUGAAAUGAAGGACGAGAGAGCAGAAGUGUGUCCGCGCGUUACAUAAAUACAGUUCACCCCCACUCCUUCCACCACCCACCCCCCAAACCCUCCUCUCGCUCCUGGGCUUUUGGUGGAAGAGGAUGCUGGUGUGGGGCAACACGACACAGCGGUGAAGACUUGUAAACUGACGGGAAGGGGAGCAGAAGAGGGAGGAUGAUGAUAACUGACAAACAGGCACAUGUGCUGUCAUCACUUAUGUGACUUCCCUUUUUGACUCGGGGCAGCUCGGCACAGAGAGACUUGUUUACUCAAGCCUGGUGCAACCAUAUAUUUUUGUUUUUCAUGUAAACAGGCCACCAAUUAAUGAACUAUCUGCUGUAUACACAAGCUAAAAGUUGUCAUGUAAGAAAUGCUAUAUAGUGUAAAAGAAAAAAAAAAAAAAAAAAAAAAAAGCUCAUCGGAAAGAAAAGAACUGGUCAACUUUCAAACCAGGGGGCAUCUGCCUCAGUUAUAUAUAUUUUGUUGUUGUUGUUCUGUCUUUUGUUUCCUGGUUUGAAAACUGAAAAAAAAAGAAAACUUACUGUGAAUUGUAGUUAUUUUAUACAUUUUGAUCAAUACAAUGAAACCUUUUGCCUAAUGUUGCCAACAACAAUCAGUCACAGUAUUAACCUCUCUCUCUCUCUCUCUCUCUCUCUCUCUCUCUCUCUCUCCUCUUACGCUUUUGUUUUUAAAAUCUAAAUCUGGGUUUAUUGCUCCGCAAAGGCAAGCUGUCCUGAGUUUUUCAAAGUGUCCGGCUGGGUUAGUUCAUCAAUGCUGGUGCUGUCUUUGGGGGGGGGGGGGGGGGGGGGUCUCUGUGAGCUUAUGGGAAUGACGUCCUAUCCCUGUACUGUAUUCCCAGUGGCCAAACUUUAUUUAUGCUGCUAAAAAAAAAAUGAAAGAACAGAAAGGUGGAACUUAUUGCUGCGACGUUUUAGUCCCAGACAACCAAAUUUACUCUAGUUUGGACUUUUUUAAAAAAGAGAAACAAUAUAAACAAAUUUUUGCCACUGAAACUUGAGCCAAAUGUGCCUCUAAGAGGCUGAGAGUUGGAAAGUGUUGGACAGAUGAAGACAGAUUUGCCUGCGAGCAAGAAACAAAAGUGUGUGCAGAUUUAUUUUUUUGUGUGUGUGUUUCUGUGCAAAAUGUUGACACAUUCCUAAGGACAAAGCUCUUUCAGCCUGUUCUGUGGGGAAUUAUUUUGCUUUGAGGGUUGUGGUGAAUGGAAUGAAAAUACAAAUUAUAUAUAUAUAUAGUGUGUAUAUACAGUAUGUGUAUAAAUAUAAAAUGUAUGUGUAUGCACAUACGUAUAUACAAACAUAUAAAUAUCAAAUAUGCUGACAAAAAAAUAUACAAAAAGUGAAAAUAUAGUUGCUGGUCAGUCUUAGUGUUACAAGUAUUACAAAUAUUACAGUGGUCUUGCUGUGAGCUACUGACAAAACAGUUAUGGUUUGUGUAUAGAAAGCACCACAGGCAAAAAAAUUAAAUGGCCAAAUGAUUUGCCUCAUUCUCAGCCACCCAAUUCGAGCUGAACUGUGAAAGUGGUAUAACACUGUAUAUUAAACGAUCUUGUUCUUUCUCUUCUCUCGUUCCCCCCCCCCCUGUUAAUUUAUAGUCUGGUUUAAGAAAUCAGAUUUCCUGGUGUUUUAUUUUUCAGUUCAUGUAACUGCCUGACGUAACAGACAGAAAAACCUUAAAGGGAUUGUCUAUCAUUUUGUUUUCUUAGAAUUUUUAUUUUCUUAUAACUUAAGUGCAAUAAAAUGUGGGUUCUUCUUUUUCAUUUCAAGCA